GUCAGACGCUGACGAGAGACAAGUUUCCAGUUGCUACUGAAGCCUCAUUCAGAGAAACUUUCUGCUCCGCUCGCUCACACUUUUCUAAACACCGAGAGGGUUUUAGGUGGGACUUCAGAGGAGCCACUGAAAUCACGGUCUCCCAAAUGCUCCACUGUCUGCAGAGGAGGAAUUUGUCACUGAGCUGUGAUGAACGGGAUGACUGAGGGCCGUUCUGCCAGCACGCUUCUGAGAAGGUGUCAUCUGGCCCUGUCCAAGUCUGACACGGUGGGUUCCAGCCCAGCGGGGUCAGGUAUUUCUGAGGACGGAGCCUCAGGUCAGUCUGAGAACGAUGGGACCUUCCCUCUGUCCGAACUCUCCGACCUGUUCGAGAGUUCGGAGGCACAACCGGCUGCUCAGGAUGAGCUGGUCCAGCCUGGCCAUUCAGUGGACAGCAGGCAGAAUCUGAGGAUGAAGUUCCAGGGAGCUUUCAAGAAGGGCAUUGCUAACCCCAUGGAUCUGUUGGAAUACACCAUCUAUGAGUCCAACGUGGUCCCAGGUCCCAAGAAGGCGCCCAUGGACUCGCUGUUUGACUACGGAACCUGCAGGAGCACCAACAACAAACGUCGCAGGAAGAAGCUGCCGAGAGGCAGGGCGGAGGAGUCCUGUGACGACAGUCCAGGUCUGGACCAGCCCAAGGUCUUGAAAGUCUUCAACCGCUCGCUGCUGUUCGACUGUGUGUCACGUGGAGAACCCGAGUCUCUGGACGGCCUCCUGGAGUACUUGCAGACUCAAGAGAAGAGGCUGACGGACGAGGAGUUCCGAGAACCAUCCACAGGCAAAACAUGUCUCCCCAAAGCUCUGUUGAACCUGCACAGCGGCCAAAAUGACACAAUCCCCCUGCUGGUGGACAUAGCAGAGAAAACAGGGAACCUGCGGGAGUUCAUAAACACACCCUUCAGAGACGUCUACUACAGAGGCCAGACGGCUCUUCACAUCGCCAUAGAGCGACGCAGUAAACAGUAUGUGGAGCUGCUGGUGGAGAUGGGAGCGGAUGUCCACGCACAGGCCAGGGGACGCUUCUUCCAGCCCCGAGACGAGGGCGGGUACUUCUACUUUGGUGAGCUGCCUCUCUCCCUGGCAGCCUGCACCAACCAGCCCAACAUCGUGCACUACCUGACCGAGAACCCGCACAAGAAGGCCGACCUGCGGCGCCAGGACUCUCGCGGCAACACGGUCCUCCACGCGCUGGUGCACAUCGCAGACAACACCAAGGACAACACCCGCUUCCUCACCAAGAUGUACGACCUGCUGCUGAUCAGGAGCGCCAAGCUGUACCCGGACUGCAGCCUGGAGGCCGUGCUCAACAACGACGGCAUGUCGCCGCUCAUGAUGGCGGCACAUCUUGGCAAGAUCGGGGUGUUUCAGCACAUAAUCCGACGUGAGAUUAAAGGCGAGGGCGCUCGACAUCUGUCCCGGAAGUUCAAGGAUUGGGCCUACGGGCCAGUGUACUCCUCACUGUACGACCUCUCUUCUUUGGACACCUGUGGAGAGGAGCCAUCUGUGCUGGAGAUCCUGGUCUACAACAGUCGCAAUGAGAACCGGCACGAGAUGCUAGCUGUGGAGCCCAUCAACGAGCUGCUGAGAGCCAAGUGGCAGAAGUUUGGCGCCGUCACCUUUUACAUCAGCGUCGUUUCCUACCUCAUCACCAUGAUCAUCUUCACCUUGGUGGCUUACUACCAUCCCACCCAGGGAACGCCGCCUCACCCCUACACAUCAUCUGACGACUACCUGAGGAUGGCAGGAGAGAUCAUCACUCUCGCCUCAGGAGUCUUCUUCCUCCUCACCAACAUCAAGGACCUCUUUCUGAAGAAGUGCCCCGGGGUGAAGUCGCUAUUUGUGGACGGUUCGUUUCAACUGCUUUACUUCAUCUAUUCUGUGCUCAUCAUCGUCACCGCGGCCCUCUACCUGUCUGGGGUCCAGGCGUAUGUGUCGGUGAUGGUAUUCGCUCUUGUCCUGGGUUGGAUGAACACGCUUUACUUCACCCGAGGACUGAAGCUCACCGGCACCUACAGCAUCAUGAUUCAGAAGAUUCUUUUCAAGGAUCUUUUCAGAUUCCUCCUGGUGUACGUGCUGUUCAUGAUCGGAUAUGCAUCUGCGCUAGUGUCCUUGCUUACCGUGUGUCCUCCUCCGGGCUCGGACUGCGGCGGGGAGUGCCCAACUUACCCAAAAUGCAGGGACACUGACACUUUCAGCACCUUUCUACUGGACCUCUUCAAGCUGACCAUUGGAAUGGGCGAGCUGGACAUGAUCCACAGUGCCCAGUAUCCCGUCGUCUUCCUCAUCCUCUUGGUGACCUACAUCAUCCUCACCUUCGUGCUGCUGCUCAACAUGUUGAUCGCUCUGAUGGGAGAGACGGUGGGGCAAGUGUCGAAGGAGAGCAAGAAGAUUUGGAAGCUUCAGUGGGCUACUACCAUUUUGGACAUUGAGCGAUCCUUUCCAGUCUGCCUCCGGAGGUCUUUUCGAGCAGGAGAGAUGGUGACGGUGGGGAAGACCUGUGAUGGCUCGCCAGACAGACGCUGGUGCUUCAGAGUGGACGAGGUCAACUGGCGCCACUGGAAUCAGAACCUUGCAAUCAUCAAUGAGGAUCCGGGCAAGAACGAAACCUGCCUAGCCAACGGGCGGCAUCAGAGCGUCAAAGCUCUGAGGCGAGACCGCUGGUCCACAGUGGUCCCCCGGGCAGUGGAGUUGAGCAGAGGUCCACGAUCUGGCGUGCGUGAUCUGGUGGUGGAGAUGGAGCCUUUGGCGCCUCGACACUGACGAUUGAGACCGCCGAGAGCCGUUAGCAUCGAGGAGAUGGCUCUGCUGGGAACCGUUAAGCCAAUAACUGGCCUUAUUUUACACUGACUCUCACAUCUGGACGGUGGAGUGACAGAGAGACUCUGGAGAAUCAGUCAACUCCUGCAGUCAACUGCUGAAGUACCUAGAGAUUGAGGAAAAUGGCCAGAAGACAGGAGCCUGUUGAAAAAGCGCGUAAGAUUCAUGCUAAUGUAUAUGGACUCAGGGAUGCUUUACAGGUGUGUAUGUAAUCCAUGUAAACUAUGUUUUUUUAUACCAUUUUUAUCUCAAUCCAUGUUUCUACAAGUUAAAGUAGCGUUCACAGAGCAGUGCACACAGUGAGCUCAGCUUUAAGGGAGGACAUGACUGAGUUUAAUGAGGAAUAUCACUUUGUUUUGAUGCUCAACAUAACUUUUUAAUGUUAACUGGAAUAAGAGCUUCAAUUGGUGAAGUGCGUUAAUGGGUGCUUUUUGCCGAUCACGCUGUUUUAGCACAUGUAAUAGCAGUUCUCUCUCAGCGAGUCACUAGGCUCAUGGAAAGCAGGCAGUGAUAUUAUCCCUGACUUGUGAACAAGACUUCACCGUACUUGAACUCUACUCCACCAGGGGAAAGUUCUUAACCUGGACAGGUUUGUCCCCCAUUGAUAGGCAGAGAACCAUGGCCUUGGACUUUGAGGUGCUGCAUGUAUGAAGAAGCUUUGCGACUCCUGAUGGCAUGAUCGUGUGUAUCAGCAGACCUUGGUGUUUCUUCGGAGAUGAAAGUCUCUGCCUCUUUAUUUCGGUUGCUGCACCCUCAACUCUACCUCGGAGAAGCGGAAGAAAAUGAAUGGAUGAACGGAAGAGACAAUGGGGCAAAGCCUGAUGAAAAUGUCAAAAAGAAUGUGUCAGAUUCCCUCAAGAUUCUGUGUCCUGUAUGACGCAGAAACUGACAUGGCAAGUACAGAAUUUUAAAUACAGGUUGGGGUCAUGUUUAUAUCCCCAACUUUUGCAAUCAUGUAUGGACUCACUGUUCGGGCUUCAUCCUCCAAUAACAUGUCUCUGGAUGAAUGAAAGAGUUGCGCUCCCAUGGAUGCUCCGACAGCAUUUCAUUUGGCUGAAACAAUGGACUGUGCUGAAGCUGAAGACAAGCGCGAUAGGAAGGUUAGAGUUGUCAAGAAUAUAUGCCAAAAUGAGACACUAUUCCUCCACGUUAUGUUUGUCUUUGAAUUUCCAGAGUUAUUGUUCCUCCGCGGCCGAGAUAUUUGCAUAAUUAACGCUGCUAUUAUGCUGGCGGAUGUAUUUGCUGCAGUAUUUUCGUUGCUAUUGGCUGGGUGCCCUGCGCAGCAUCCUGCAGGUAUUGUGCUGCAAGUCGGAGUUUGAUAAAGAGCAGAUACAUUUUCAUUAUUUCCUCGCUGUCCGAGGUCACAGGUCAUUGUUCUCCAUGUUUACAAUCCAGCUCCGCAGGCUGUGCUUUUGUGUGCUGCUUACUCACUGGAACAAUUAACUCUGAUGUUGCUGAAAUGUUGCAUGGUCCUUUCAGUUUCUCUCACAAUGCUUCUAUAAAUGCAUUUAAAUCAUUUAUAUAUAUUAAAUGAACAUUGGUGGGAUUUCUGGGAGCCUCGCAGUGCAGAGAGAAAGGGCUGAGUUCUCUGGGUUGCCGAGUGUUUUCAUGCUAAUGGCAGAAAAUGAAGAUGAUUUUUGACAGCUCUCAGAAUAGUGUCAGAUUACACUUUAUUUUGGACAUUAAUUCAAGUAAAAGAAACACAACUUUAUUUGUUUAAUACUUUUCUUUUAUAAUUAUUUCAUUUGAUU